UAAAAUCAGCCAAGUUUAUCAAAAGGUAAAUACAGCAGCUUAAUGUUGGACAGAGAGCUGCUAACUGGCCACUACGAAUCUAGUUCAGACAAAGGUCUCAUGAGAAAGACGUUUACCGUGGCGAGAGAGUGAGCAAAGGCGGUCGGGAAUAGCGGUGCUCACUCUAUCGAUCGGCAUUUUCGAUGGUAGGCAGGGAUGACCGAAUAUUGGUGAAAAAAACUGUCAGUGACACAUUAACUACGGCAAAACACACAGGGCAAAACGAGUACCAAUUUCCUCAUAAAAACGAACUAAGAGUUAAAUAAUGACGUACCUAACACAACAGAAAGUUUCUUGCUCCACGUCUGAAGAUCUCGUCGAAAAGAACGCCUUUCUUGAGCGCACCGAGGGCUCCCACAAUCAACCAUGUUGACAGAACCCUGCCGCUUACGUCACGGAAUGGUGACCCCGAAUUUGGUGACGUCGACAGCACACAGGUGAAAAAGAAAGUAGCCUCUCCUCUCUGCUGUGUUUACCUGUCAAGAAGCAGACACAAUGGUCGUACAAGGCGAGUACCGCUAUCCUGACGGCUCCGUCUACAACGGCCAGUGGGACGAUCAAGGUCAGCGUCACGGCCAGGGCCUGCUCACUCUCGCCGACGGCGGCAAUUUCCGGGGCAACUUCGACCAGGGCUUCUACAGCGGCCUCGGGGUCAUCAACUUCGCGGAUGGGAGCAGGUACUGCGGUGAAUUCCUUCAAGGCAAAUUCAACGGCUACGGCGUAUUUGUUCGUCCUGACGGCAUGAAGUAUGAGGGAGAGUUCAAGGACGGGAAGAUCAAGGGUCAAGGUCUGGUGACUUUUUCUGACGGUCGGCACGGCUUGCCCAGGAACGAGGGCUGUUUCGACGGCGAGCGGAUCCUGCGGCGCGAGAAGUGCUCUAAGACCAUCCAGAGGGCCCGGGACAUGGCCAAGAGGGCGAUCGAGGCCAGCAAGACGCUCGGGGCCAGCUCCUGAAACGAUGCCCUCACUGACGGAACAUAGCCAAAAAAACAUGGCUUUGGAAGAGUUGCAAACUUGAUCUGAACCUUGUACAUAAAGAUUCAACGAUGCAAGAAUGUUUACCUUGCUUUGUUUAAUCUUCCUCCUUUUUUUUCUUUUUUCUGGAGGUGGGGGUGGGGUGGGGGUAAUUUUUGUUUUAUUUUUAUUUUUGUUUUUUCUUUUGUUUAGGAGUGUGGUUUGUGGGGGUUUUGUGCGUCUUUGUUCGUUGACAUUUCCCAGAUUGUUAUGUACGGCUUCACCCUGGGAGACAUUGGGAAUUGGAGCAUCUAAUUUCUGGACAAGUUGUAUAGAGAAAUGCCGUGCCCUUGAGGUACUGGUUUGAACAAAAGAAUGGUGUUUUGAUGUUGGGAUUGUU